AACAAAAUUGCAAAGAAAGUACCAGUUAGGCACUGCUGCAAUGGAAAGCAUCUCGGUAGCUCGGUAGCUCGUCAAAACAGAUCAAGAGAGAAAGCCUGUGCUGCAGAUUGUAUUUUACUACCUAAGUUGGCAUGCUCAUACGAGGCUGGACAGCAUAACCUGGCUGUUAAUGUCAGCAAUCAGUUGAUGUUGAGGGCAUGGACAUUAUAUCUUUCAGGGGUAGAUACUCAAUGGGCCUGUAGAACACAUGAUGAGAAAGACCUUAUAGCUAUGCCAAUGUAUUUUGCAGAAGAAUUAUUUGAACCCAUCGAGAUGUUUAAAGUGGAAGAAAAGGGUGUGUUUUCAGUUCCAAGUGAUCGAGCAAUUUUGGCCGUAAUUUGUGGGAUAUGCACGCUUGAUGUGAUCCUAGUGGCUGGACUGUCAUCUGAUACGACAUCACUCUCCCUCAUGAGUGGGGACUUAUGGAGUCAUAAAAUACAAAACAUCUUACUCUUGACAUUUUUUUGUCCAAUAACCACU